CUACCACUAGACAGUGUUGAUGUCGUAGUUGUCAGCGCCAAAACAAACACAUUUACGACCGGAAACACGUAAGUGUGUUUGAGUUGUUUUUUUUCCGAUACACAUCGGGCCACACUACUACCACGACGCCACCAUGUAUUCUAUAAUGAUGUCUCUUUUUAAAGCGCACAGAAGCUAUAAUACUAUCAUUAGUGUGACAGAGAUAACAAGGUGUAAUUUCGUGUAUGUUACAAUCAUCGGUUUUCAUGAGUUCGUGUGUUCGGCUCUCUCUCUAUGUAGAUUGCCACACUCAAACAUCCACGUCGCACACAAACGAACGCGAAAAAACCGAACGAACGAACACACGAAGCCCAAACAGCGGUAACAAAUCCAAUAUAAAAAAACGUAGCACACAAAGACGUGAGGUUCAAGUAAAGCAAUCAUACAUACUUCGUGUCAGUAUUCAGUCACACUUGCUUUAAUAAAGGUCACUAACACCAAUACGCCACCGUUCCGCCGAAAAUAAAAUAAAAAUAAAAAUAAAAAACUACAACGAAAAACGCAAACGAGCGAACAGAGAAGCGAACUGAAAAAAAUACGGCAAGAAGGCGAAUUAAAAAAAUACACACAACACGAAGGAAGAAAUAACGCAGAAGUAAUCACAAUAAGUAGUGAAUAUAGCAAACCAACGCAGAACUCUGACGACCAACAACUACAGAAAAAGUUAUACUUUGGCAGACGAAGAGAAAACUGUUGCGAUUAACACGUUUCAAUUAUCAAAUUACUAAAUAAACAAAUUCAGAAAUUAUCAUCAAUAUUGUGAGAACGUAGAAAAGAAUAUAAAAUACACGCUUCAACGCUGCAGGAAAAUACAUAAUUUCUAAACGAAUAUGGCAGCGCAAAGUAAUCCGCCAGCGAGUUUCGGUUAUACGUGGGGUUUUGCAGACAACUCACGAUCAGAUGGCUCACAAAUUGUCGAAAUAUCACCGAAUAUCAAUUAUACAGUUAGCGAUAACAUGCCCUACUUGCAGUUAACCGACGGAGGUAUCACUGUACAACAAAAGGACGUAAAAGGAGCUAUCGCACACACUAAUAAAGGAGUUGUUCGCCGUAUGUUUGUAGUCAAUGAACCAUUUUCACAAGCGUCCACACAAAGCGGCAAUUUCCGUGUUAUUACGGGUAAUGCAGCCUCAACCGUUGGAAAGAAACAUGAUGUGCUGAGCAUUGGAUGCGAUAAAAACUAUCAAUCAGAUCAAUCUCAUUCUCUAGCCAAUGGUAUUCUGGACAAUAAGACGCAAACCGUUUUAACAUCGGCUUCGAAAAAUACGUCUACGUUUAUGAGCCCAAUCGGAACGCUUCAGUUAACACCUGAAGAAUGUAAUGAAAUAUUAAUGAAACGUGCCGCAGCAGCUGCGCAACAACAAAAUCAUACGACAAUAACGACCACUGAUGGACAGCACACAGAUUUUUUAAUACGUGAAGGUAUAUCGGUGCAAGUGCAAAAGGUGAUUCAAGGCUUGGAGGAUGCGGAUGAUUCACAAGCUACAUCAUCAACACACUGUAAAUUGGAGCCAGUGCUCGAGAUCAAUCCAAAAGAGGAAAUUUUAACAGCCGAAGAACAUGAAUUGGCUACGGGCGGUGCACCCAAAGAACGUCCAUAUGCAUGUGAAGAAUGUGGCAAGAGUUUUUUGCUUAAACACCAUUUAACCACACAUGCUCGCGUCCAUACUGGUGAACGACCUCACGUGUGUGUUCAUUGUGGAAAAUCUUUUGCACACAAACACUGUUUAAAUACACAUUUGCUGUUGCAUUCAACUGAUCGUCCAUAUCAGUGCAGCGAAUGUAAAAAGAGUUUUACACUCAAGCAUCAUUUGUUAACGCAUUCACGGGUCCAUAGUCGUGAAAGACCCUUCAUUUGCCAGGAAUGCGGCCGAUCGUUCCCAUUGAAACGUCAUUUGGUGACACACAGUAAAUUUCAUGCUGGUGAAAGACCUUACGUGUGUGACGAAUGCGGUGAAAGUUUUGCCCAGGAAAACCAUUUGAUUAUGCAUUCGCGAUUCCAUGGUUCGCUCAAUCCAUUUGUCUGUUCUGAUUGUGGCGCAACGUUUCCGCGAAAAUUCCAAUUGGUCAAUCAUGGACGUAUUCAUGGACGUGUACCACACUCUUGCACUGUUUGCGGAAAGGAGUUCUUGCAGAAGCGAACAUUAGUAGCGCAUAUGAGGUUAUUGCAUACAGGCGAUCAACCAUAUCCAUGCACUGCAUGCGGUGAAGGUUUCCGCACAAAAGCAGAACUUAAUCAGCACAACCGUGCUACACAUGGAGGAAUAAAUCCAAAUUCAGCGAAUACAACGAUCGUUGUAUCUGGAUCGCAACAACAACAAAUGCAUCAGCCCCAAACUGUAACUGUUGUCAGUCAAUCAAAUAAUGGCUUAGUAACUACUAUCACAUCGCCAGAGACAUCACCGAGACCGCAAUAUGCAUGCCGGGAAUGUGGUCAAGCUUUUAAUAGUCGCGAAGCGUUAGCACUUCAUCUUCGAUUACAUACUGGUGACAAGAGCUUAAUGACCGAUUUAUGUGCAUUGACUGCUGCAUUACCAGGUCAUUUCUUAAGUACGAACACAGGUGCAACUGUGUUAACGUCGAAUCAUUCAGUUGUCCAGCAGACACCUGUGCCGGUACAAAUUUUGUCAAGCGGACAAGUAGUACAACCAAUCGUUCAGAAUACACAGCAUCACCAACAGCAGCAACAUCAUCAACAGCACCAAAUGGUGCAACAUCACAAUAACACAGGUAUGACCGAAAUAAUCGAUGUUUCUGAAACAGGCCAUCAAAGCGUGGUUGUAACAGCACCACAACAAAAGCCGAAAACACAUUUCUGUACAAGUUGCGGUAAAGGAUUUGCUGCCAAACAUGGCCUUCUACAACAUAAUCGUCGGCAUCCGAAUGGUGGUUGUACUCUACGUACGCACGUUUGUGAAUGCGGUAAAGCAUUUUUCCAGAAGAAUCAUUUGAUGCUUCAUCAACGCCAGCAUUUGGAAACAAAACCAUCGGUAGCUAGUUUGCAACAGCAAGCUCAACAACAACAGGAUGCGCAAAAUCAACAAUUACAAAAUCAACAACAAGCUCAGAAUCAGGCGCAGCAAGCUCAGAAUCAGCAACAAAACUCACAACAAACCGUUCAACAGCAACAGUUAACCCGUGAAGUGUUAAUCGGAAAUCAACCGGUACAUGUGCAGGUUUUGCAAGGAAACACCGCACAAGUAAUCAAAUAUGAAAUUAACAUUCCUCAAGAGAGUCAACAAAUCGAAUGAACAAAUUGCCAUGUCGAUGAUGGAAGGAAUGAAAAAAGUUUUACUUAUAUAAAUAAAAUCUAAAUCUAAAGUUAUAGUUUCUCUUGCGAAUUUUUUUAAGAAAAAAAAAAACAAAAAAAAAAUGAUGAUUAAUAGAAGAGGAAAAGAAAAAUCAUAAAAACCAAGAUAACUUCAGGCCCUUUUUUGACUGUAAAAAAAUCAAUUGUAUACAGCGGCUCGAUUUGAUAGUUGAAAUUGAACAUAUAAGGAUAGAAACGAAACUAUAAAUGUAAACUGAAAUUGUGUAUGUAAUUAGAAUACAUAGAUUUUUUGCGGUCAGAGAAGUGAAUUUGCAAUCAAAGUCAAGGCUUUCAAAUGCAUAGUAAUAACACCAGACAAACAAAAUAAUAAGUUUCAAAAUCAUACACGACAUACGAAGCGAAUAGAUACAGAAAAACGCAGCUAAAGGAACAUUUUAUUUUCGUUUUCACAAAGAAUUUGAUACAGCAUUGUGUGUUUUUCUUCUCUCAAAAAGCUGCUAGAAUACUUUGCAAUCGGUGCGUGUAGCAAAACCAAAAACGAUUUUUUUCAACUGUUUACUUUCGAUUUAAUUUAUAUAUUAUGAUAUAUUUUUCUCUGCAAGUUCUAAAACUCGUGAGGAAUUUGAGAAAAGUGAGAAAUGUGAAAGAGAGUGUAAGGUAUAGGGAAAGCGUUGUUAUUACUUAUGAUAGAUGAAACCGACACAAUUUGUUAACCAAUCUCAAAAAUAAAAUUGCACACUGUCUUAAAAUGGAGAUUCUGAAGCACUCUGAGCGAUAGAAAGAGAGAGAAAAUAAUUUUAUGAACAUACCAUAUGAGUUUUUUAAAAACCAUUGAGAAAUUAAGGACAAAAUAUUGCAAACGUUUUUAUGGAAUUAGAAUGCAACAAUAAAUGCGCAAGAAUCUAUUUUUGAGAAUCACAAAAACACACCACCAACAAAUUUUAUAUCCUUUGUUUCACACAUUAACACACACACACACUCUCUCCACAUUUUUAUUAUAGAACUUGUUUUUUCUUUAUUUCUCUUCUUCAAAAAUCAAGCACAACAUUGAGAAUAUAGAAAGUUCAAGUCCAAGCACAUAUGCAUUCUCUUUUUUUGAUAAAACAAAAAAUAGACAAAAAUUUAACUAUUUCUUCAACUGCAGACCAACCAUUUUUGCCUCAAGUAAAUAAUAAUGAACAAUGAUUCGUUUUUUGUAGUUGCCAUUUAUUUUUAUAGGACAUAAUGAAUUGAAUGAUCAAAUUAAAAAAAUAGUGCAUUUAUUUACUACAACAACGAUACAACGUGUGCUAUACAAAAAAUGUUGUCAAUUUGUCCAGUAAAAAUUGUCUUUGUUUUAUUUUCAUCGAAAUUAUCGUAUUGUUUUUUAUAACACCAAUUCAUGUUUAUGAAGGUUGAAUUGCGUGAAGAGAUCGAAAUGAAAAUUAUUGUGCCACGUUCACUCACUCACAAAUAUAUACACGCUGAAAACUCAUUAAGAAGGAAAACAUUUUCUGAAAAACUAUCUAAAGAUAGUUGAAUCAUAUUCAUUGUGAAUUUAAAGAGAUAAUUCAAAACGGACGUAUGUAUAAAAAUUGUAUGUAUUUUAUAUAUGAUUUUUUUUUCUUAAAGUUUUAAUACAAAAAAAAUAUUUUUUUUUUCAUUUUGCUAUAAAGAAAAAACAUAUGUUUUCACACCAUUCACAAACACAGACACAAAAUGUAGCACGAAAUAUCAUCAAAAUGCACGUGCAUUUACACGCUCGUAUACAAAAUUAAAAUAAAACACCAAUAAAGACCGUAUGCGUAACAUGUACACUAAUAAUCAUUUUUUUAGUGAAUCCACAUUUGAAAUAAUGGCCAUACCGCUAACCUCUGCAGAUUUCGCGUAUAUUAAUUCAUUUAUUCGUGACACAGAACAGUAGCCGAUUCAAUAUAUUUUCACCAGUGCCAAGAGGCAAUAGCAGUCAUUUUGCUUCAUCGAAAUCACCAAUCAAAUGAUGGUAAAAAAUGAAAUUAUAAAUAAACCUAAACUUAGAAUAUGAGAUACACAAAACAGUCGGUAGCAAAAAUAAACAUGAUGAUUAAAAAGGAAUAUCUGUUUUUUUUUUAUUUGAAAGUUAAACGAAUAAACGGAAAACAAACAAAAACUUAUUAUAUAUGAUACAGAUAGAAUACGAAAAAAAUUAAUAAAAAAGAGUAGUUGAAAAAUAUACUAUUAACUUUAAGAUAUAGGUACGCGAGAAUUUAUUAUUGCGGGCAUAAACAAUAUUAAUAGUAAACAAUUUACGAUAUAAAUACAACCAUACAAAACGUUAAUCGUAAAUAAAAACAGUAACAACUGGAAAUAGGACGAAAUCAAUAAAGAAAACACAGAAUUGGAUUGGAACACACAAAAAAAUUGUACCAUUAAAAUAGAAAUGAUCUUAGUUUAGGCACUUACACGCGGAAAAACACACAUUUGCAAAAGAAAAUAAUUUGUUUAAAUAAAACAAAAUGAAUGAGGGUUAAAAAAGUAAAAAAAAAAAAUUUGUGAAGUUCAAACUAAACAUAAAGUGGAUAUUUUUACUAUACAAAAACAUAAAAAGAGGAAAGCAGUGAAUAAUAAUAUUGAUAAUAAUAGUAAAUGGUUUAUGAUUAAUGAUAAUUUAGGGUGUAAAUCUUAUCUAAAUAAAAUGAAAAACUAUAAAUAAAAAAAAAA